CAGAAGAUGUGAGUGGGUUUAGAGUUGGUGUUUUGGAGAGUUAUCACCGUCCCUCUUUCCUGCUCCUCCUCAGAUCCUGAGCGGCGAUCAUGCAGCACACGUCCUGCACCGAGGACCGGAUUCAGCACGCUCUGGACCGGUGUCUGGACGGGCUGAGGCAAAGCCCCACGGCGGCACACCACUGGAACGUCCUGAUGUGCUCAGCGGGUCAGUCAAUGAACCGUUGGAGCUUGGAGGAGCUGGUGAAGAGAGAUCCUGAAAACUUCCUCAUUCUUUUGCAACAGAUCAUCACAAAGACAAAAGAGGUUCAGGAGCAGUGUCAGUAUGAGCUGGUGGUUCCCCUCGCCAUCAUGUUCACCUCCACUCUUCUGCAGACGCCAUACUGUCCAGCCGGCACAAAUCUACUGGAGGAAGCCAUGGGGGUGUUUUACCAUUUCCUCACAUGGCCUGAGCCUUACUGCAGCGUCUGCAGGGAGCUGCUCUCCACACUACAGCUGGAGACCAGAGCUCCUGGAAUUUCCUUUCAGAGGCUGGUUAGAGAAGAGCAGGGCCUAAACACAGACAGCCAGAGCUCAAAAACGAUGACUGUGUUGCUGAUGAACCCAGGUGAGGUUCCCGCUGACUUCCUUACUGUGGCCGAGCAGCUCAGCCACAUUCAGCACUCGCAGAAAGAAAUCUACAUCAUGCUGAUCAAACACGCCUUCCAGUCCACGCUGGGCACCAAGUACCCUCUUCAAAGCAUCCACAGGGCUCUGCAGCCAAAAACUGUGAAUGAACUGGAGGAAAUUUUUGGUGCCGUGAGUGACAUUUUGGAGAUGACUGCCUUAAUGAGCGACCCACUAAAAGCACAUAGUCAUGUCAUCCAGGAACUGGAGAGUCUGAGGAAAACUCUGAAAAUCUUUUCUUCCAGUGGGAGGAAGUCUGAUGGAAUGCUACAGACGUUACCUUUGCCUACAGCCAAAACCUACAUGUUUCACUGGGAAAAGGAUAACUUUGAUGUUCUCAACACACUGUUGGAGGAAGAACCUGAUGAUUUGGUCACUAAUGGGCAACCUCUUGAGGAGAGGGAGGUUGAGUUUGGUGAUAAUGAAGACGAUGAGGAGGAGAAAGAAGAGGAGGAGGGACAUGGAGUGGAAUCAGCCUCAAUCAUCCAUGAUGGCUACAAUGACAGUUAUCGUGCUUCCACCUUCUCCACCAUCUCCACCACCUCUAAAGACUCCAUGUUUUCCACCCUUUCCGGCACCUCAGGAUCCUACUCCCCUUCUCUCGUCUCUGUCACCUCUGGAGUCGACAGCGACUACUUUGAGGAUUCUGACGACUACAUCAGCUCCUCUCCGGUGUCAGAGAAAUGUUCCCCGAGGUCGAGUAAAGUAUCAUCUCGUCUCUGCCAGCACUUCCACCGAUUAUUUCCCAAACCCAAGCAAACUCGGACAAUUUAUCGAGCCAAGAGCUUGUGUAAUUCUGAUUCAAAAGAACUCAUACUGGUGCGAGAAACUCGUUCCAACUCGCUGCCCCAGCAGGUCAAGUUAUUUUGCCCUGAGCCCUUACCCCAGCUUCAAACUCAAUCGCUCAGGCACAUCUGCUUUCGAAGGAGGCCUAUUCUGAGCAGUGAUGAAGACAGUAAGAACAUUACGCUCAGGGUGGUGGUGUUUGGUGCUGAUCAUAUGGCGGGGAAGGUGGCCCGAGCAUACAGUAGCCUGAGGAUGAAGGAGAGUGCAUCUCCGCGUCUUACGAGAGUCUUUAAACUCAAGUUCUACUUUGUGCCUGUCAAGAGAGACUCAGUAAUUGGACAUCGAAGAUCUUCUACUCCUUUGGUACAAUUUGGGUCUCCAAAAGGAGCAACCUUGUCUUGUGAUCAGAACCACAUGGGCACAGGUGACAGCACAAAUGACAUUGCACAUCUACUGGGCAUGUUGGACCCGUGGUACGAAAGAAACACACUCAGCUUGCUCAAGCUUCCUGCCAACGUUGUUUGCCAGCAAACCUCAAAAACUGAGUCGGAGUCCUACGAUAGUUCGUACGAGCAACGCCUACCUAUCCUAGCUGACUUGGUGUUGUACUAUUGCCGCUUUGCUGCUCGGCCAGCACUAAUCCAGCUUUAUCAGGCAGAGCUGACGCUGGCCAGUGGAGAGAGGAGGACUGAGGUGUUCAUCCACUCCCUAGAGUUGGGUCACACGGCAGGAACACGAGCCAUUAAAGCCAUGGGUGCAGCCAGUAAACGGUUUGGCAUUGAUGGAGACCGAGAAGCUGUGCCUCUCACGCUAGAGGUGGUGUACAACAGGGUGGUUAUUAGUGGGAGGAGCCAGUGGAAAAGAGAAACCAAAGUCUGCACUUCAGUGAACUUGAUCAAAGCAUGCAAGAACCCAGAGGAGCUUGACUCAAAGAUGGAGUGCCUGCAGCUCUCCCUGACCGAGGUCCUCAAGAGGCAAAACUGUAAAAGCAAGAAGGGCUACAACCAGCAGCUGACUGUCACGGAGGUGAAGGUGGACAAAGUGCAGGUCAGCGGCACCGGAAACACAACCUUUGCUGUGUGUUUGGACCAGGAUGAGAAGAAGAUACUACAAAGUGUCAAAAGGUGUGAAGUAUCAGUCUGCUACAAACCUGACAGCUCCACUGACUGGAGGCUGAGAAAAUCCCAGACUUCUGCUCAGAUCCAGCCUCUCAACCCCACCUUCUGCUCCCUCCUCUGCCUGCCUGUGGUCACCUUCAGCGGGGCUCUUCCCUGA